AUGGCUACUCUCGCAGCACACGAUCAGGAGAAUGCCAUCCGCAACAUUUCCAUCGGGCCCGGCGGAAAACCGCUGAAUGCUGGGGCCAAGGGCCUGGGAGCCAAAACACCCGGAAACAAAGCCCCAAAGACGCCUUUCAAGAUCCCGCUCAAUGACGAGAACGUGAUCAAGCCGACCGGAAAGGCGAACGGCAAGGGCAACGAGAAUGCAUUUCUCACCCCAGCUGGUCCGCGUACGCGCGCACCGCUGGGCAUGAAGACGACCAACGCCAAAUCCAAUGCAUUCAAGACGCCUGCCCCCCUCGGCUCCUCAGCGAAGACACAGAAACUCAGUCCCCGACUGCGCCGCCCCAAGGUCAAAGUCCACCAGCCGGAGCCAGAAGCUGAGGAUGAAGAUGACGUCCCCGAGGUCGAGUACAUGCCUCCCAAGGAGAUUCCUCUCGCAGACGACAUGGACGACUACCUGCCCAAGGACUGGAAUUUCCCCAAGCUCGACAAAGCGAGCAUCAACCGCGGCAUCUGGCAGGCCUUCAGUAAUCCCAUUGAAGACGACGGGCGCCCGAAGAAGCUGCGCGAAUUCGAAGAGGGACUAGAGCGCUCGAAGAAGAAGCGCGACGAAGACUUCGACAAGCUCUUCGCCGCCGAACAGGCCAAAGAGGAUGCGGAGGCCCGCCGCUACAUGGGCGUCGACGUGCCCAAGAAAACUGCCCGGAAGCCCAUGUCCACCAUGCGCGUUCGCUCCGCUGCUCAAGCCCUCUCCCCCGCCUCGACGAAACCAAACUUCGCCAAACCGACCGCGGCAGUCAAGUCCCGCCUCCCCACAGGCUUCGUGGCGAGCAAGAAGGCCAAGCCCCCCGUUGAACCCACGCCUGCUCGUCGCGCUGCUGCUGUUGCGGCCAGCCAUAGCACGAUUGGGUACGCGCAAGGCCGCGCUGCUCCCGCGGGACGUAAGCCUCUUUCGAACGUCACCAAGCCCGCGCCCUUUUCUGCUGCUUCGCGCGCGGCAUCCACUCGGCCCACGGGUACUAUGGCGCGUUCGCGCAGUGCGUUUUCGCGCUCGAGUUCGGCUGCGACGGAUGCGACGCUUGUUACGCCGCCUGGGGAGGAAGACGAGGAGGUGGAGCCAUAUCGCACCGCAGCGGAUGUGGAGAGGGAAUUGGAGCUCAUGUUGUUGGCGCGCGAUGAGGAGGAGGAUGAGGAUGAGGAUCGGUGGUUGAAUAGCUUCAACUCCCAAUUGGCUGGGGAUCCGGUCGAUGAGGAGCUUGAAGACUUUCAGUUGAGGUUGCCUGAGGGCUUCUAG